UAUUUAACUACAUGGGCCUUAUCCAGAUUUCUUUUUCAAGUGUCUGUAAAUAGCCGCCGUGAGAUCAGAGUGUGUAUCCGGUCAAUAAUCGAAACCCUCGGAGAAGGUUUUAUUCAGCUGUGAACUUCUUACACAAUGUCCGGCGAGGAAGAUGCCACUGUAAGGGAGCCACUAGAUCUGAUUCGUCUGAGUCUAGACGAGAGAAUCUAUGUCAAGCUCCGCUCAGACCGCGAGCUUCGCGGCAAGCUUCACGCGUUUGAUCAGCAUUUGAAUAUGAUUCUGGGUGAUGUUGAAGAAGUUAUCACAACAGUAGAAAUCGAUGACGAGACAUACGAAGAGAUUGUCCGGACGACAAAGCGCAAUAUUCAGUUUCUAUUUGUUAGAGGAGAUGGAGUGAUAUUGGUGUCUCCACCACUGAGGACAACUUGAGUUAAACAUCAAAUCUGAAGCCUAAGUUAAAAGUUAAUCAACUACUGCUUUAAACGAAGAUGUCUUAGUGACUAACGUGUCGUUCAAAACACAAAAGGCUUAAAGAAGCUAUGUUGCUUUCGAAUACUCCCCCCUCUCAACUCCUUUGGUUUACCUAUUUUUCAUCGUGGGACCA